CUCUCCUCUCCCCCCUAUAAAUUCUCAUCCUCGUCCUCCACCAUCCUCACUCCUCACCUACACACAGCGUACUCGACAAACGCAAAUACACACACAAGUUGAUCGAUCGAUCGAUCGAUCCAACCAACUUAACAACAAUGGCGGGUGAGAAGGGUUUGGUGCUGCUGAACUUCUGGGUGAGCCCGUUCGGGCAGCGGUGCCGCAUCGCCCUGGCAGAGAAAGGCCUCCCCUACGAGUACGUCGAAGAGAACCUCAUGGCCGGCAAGAGCGACCGCCUCCUCCGCUCCAACCCUGUCCACAAGAAGGUGCCGGUCCUCCUCCACGACGGCCGCCCCGUCAACGAGUCCCUCAUCAUCCUCAACUACCUCGACGACGCCUUCCCGGACACGCCCUCGCUGCUCCCCUCCGACCCCUACGAGCGCGCGCAGGCCCGCUUCUGGGCGGACUACGUCGACAAGAAGGUCUACGACUGCGGCACCCGGCUAUGGAAGCUCAAGGGCGAGCCGCACGCGCAGGCGCGGGCCGAGAUGGUGGAAAUCCUGAAGAAUCUGGACGGGGCGCUCGGCGACAAGGCCUUCUUCGGUGGCGAUACCUUCGGGUUCGUGGACGCCGCGUUCGUGCCCUUCACGUCGUGGUUCCGCAGCUAUGAGACAUACGGCGAGUUCACCGUCGCGGAGGUGGCGCCGAGGAUUGCAGCGUGGGCAAAGCGGUGCGGCGAACGGGAGAGCGUCGCCGAGAGCCUCUACUCGCCGGAUAAAAUUUAUGAGUUCGUCGGCGUGCUCAAGAAGAUGCACGGCGUCGAAUAGACCGGCCAGGGGGAAAACAAUACUAAGCACGAUAGUGGUAGUAGUUGUCUCGUCGUUGUGGUACUUGUUUGGUCGUUGUGGUACUUGUUUGGUCGUGUACUUGUAAUGUGUGCGUGUGUGUCAAUGCUAGUCUUCUUCGGUGGGGCACCACCGAGUUGCCACCUCCAGUUCCAUUCUAUGUGAAGAAUAAAUAAAUAAAUAAAUAAAUAAAGCGUAUAUUUGGACUUCUUGUUGCGCUGGCAAUGGGUUACGUUGCAU